AUGUUAUCUAGAUCAACUAGAACUGCUUUAAAAUACUCUAGGAGUAUUCUGAGGACUCCACGCAAAGUUAGUAUUUGUGCACUGAAUCAGGUCAGAUUCCAGUCUACCAAAAUUGGCACCGCACCAAAGGAGACAACAACUAACUUGUUCGAUGAUUCUGAUCCAAAACGUAAUCAUAUCUUUGAAUAUUCAUGGGGGACAUGGCUGAAAAAUGAUAAGCAGGAAAAGCAAAAAAGAUUCACCAAGUUUUCAAUCCAAGGUUUAAACGAAACUCUCAAAAAUAUCAAUUCAUUAGGCAAGUCACUUGGUGAAACCAAUCCUGAUGCUAUAGAAAGGGUUGAUAAAGUAAAGGUUUUGAGCAAUAAUAUCAAAAAUUUCUUUGGAAAUGAUGGAGAAGUCAAGGAUAUCAAUCAAGUCUUGUCAUUACAUGAAGGAAAACACCACAGAAUUUAUAGAAUUCAACUUGAAGGAUUGGAUAAGAAACUAGUGCUGAGAUUACCUUACUCAUUGGGAUCCAAAGUUUUCACAAAGAGGAAAAUUGAAUCUGAGGUUGCUACAAUGGACUUUUUAUCAAACGCGUUAAACCUAAACAUUCCAAAAGUCUUGGCUUAUUCCGGUGAGUAUGACAAUCAACUUGGACAUCCUUUCAUGUUAAUGGAGUAUAUUGAGGAUGUUGAAUCGUCAUUAAUGAAAAAAUGGAAUCCACUAGUUGAUAGUAAGGACGAUAGGUUGGAUUGCAAUGAAGCGAUCAGUCAAUUGAACGAGGUCAUUGAGCCAUUGGCGGAUUUCAACAAAAUUGUGGGCGAUUUUAUUUUCGAUAAUUAUGGGUCCAUUUAUUUCAAAGAUGAUUGUCCAAAGGGCUUGGAGGCGAUUGCAUAUGAAGGCCAAGAUAGAUGGGUCAUUGGGCCAAGUGUUGAAAGUGCAUAUUAUAGAAACAAGGAAUAUGUUGCAGGGGAAGAUAUCGAUAGGUACGUUGGUCCAUGGAAGAGAUCUGAGCCUUUGAAGAUGAUACAAGAUCUAGUAGACUUGGAAAUUUUAAGUUUAAGAAACAGAUUGGCAGCAAUUGAAAAGGGUGAGAAUGUUAAGGAUGACAUUGCAGAUCUGAAGGAUGCUAUCAAAAUCUUUGAAAAAUUAAGACUAGUUGCAGGAGAGAUGUUUAACUUAAAUCCUAAAGAAACUAUCAUUCCAAAUCUUGCUGAACUUUUGAAACCAAGAUUAUUAAUUGGAGAUCUGGAUCCAAUGAAUGUAUUAGUUAGAAAAGAUAACAAAGGGUUUGAAUUUCUAGACUUUGAAAACUGUGUCGUCAAGCCAUUCCUAAUUAGUAAUUAUCCCAAGUUCUUGGAAUAUAAUGGUGAAAAAAUCUUUAGUUUACAACAAGAAGUGAACAAUUUCAACCAAUUAGAUGACGUUGAAAAGGAACAAUACAGAUUUAUGUUUAAAAGGACCAGAAACCAAUUUUUAUGGGAAGUUUCCAUUAACAAAAACAGCAAGGAAUUAGUUGGGGUUAUUUCACCUGUUAUUAAGCUUGUUAAGAGCUGUUACUUAAACAUUCUGAAUUUCAAGAACUUGAAAGAUGCAUUGUAUAUUGAAAAUGGUUUAAUUGAAAUAUCUACAAUGUGGGAGAAUUACAAUGGAAAUGGAGUUCUAGGUAAGGCGAAGGGUGAACCUAAUCCUAUUAAAUUCAAUGAAAAUGAGAUCAAUGAAUUUGCCAAGAAGAUUCAAGAAUACGAAAUUUCCAAUGGCUCCAAGCCAUUCACUGCAACCGGAGGUUGGGUUCCACAGGAUAUGUUCAAUAGAUUAGAGGAACAAGGCCUGCUCAUUAAAGACAAUGAUAAAGAUGAGUGGAAAAUAGACACCGACAAGGUUCUCAAAUAA